AUGCACGCUGGAGCUGCCGCCGAGGCCGCCAUGCCGGUCAUCGCGACACUGUCGAGUCGCGUCGUGCGCAUCAUGGGGCUGAACCCGGGCUACAUGACGUUGCAGGGAAGCAACACGUACCUCGUCGGGACUGGACAGGAGCGGCUGCUGAUCGACUCCGGCGAGGGCGUGGAAGGCUACAACGACCUUUUGCAGAAGGCGGUCGACGAGGAAUCGACUCGACUCGGCGGGCCCGUUCGCAUCUCAAAACUGCUGCUCACCCACUGGCACGGGGACCAUAUCGGUGGUGUGGCGACGGUGCGUCGCCUCUUUCCACAGGUGCAGUUACUGAAGCAGCCGUCGCAGUACGUCCACACCGAGGUGGAUGCCUUGUGCCAAGUCCCACCCGAGGUAGUCAAGGUGGAGGGCGCCACGCUUCAAGUGAUUCACACGCCCGGGCACACCGACGAUCACCUGUGCGCGUUUUUGCAGGAGGAGCGCGCGCUUUUCACAAGUGACACUGUCCUGGGCACUGGGACGUCUGUGUUUUCCAGUUUCAAGGACUACAUGAACUCCUUGCACGUGCUCGCGAAGAUGAAGCCAAAACGGCUCUACCCAGCGCAUGGCCCUGUCGUCGAGGACGGGACCGCACGCAUCGAGGAGAUCAUCCAGCACCGUAACACGCGCGAGCAGCAGAUUCUCCAGGUGCUGUGCGAGCGCACGCACGGAGUCUCCGCCCUGGACAGCGAAAAGGGCCUUACCAUUCGCGAGCUGGUUGAUAUCAUCUACACUACUAUCCCCGCUGCGCUGAAGACUGCCGCUGGCUCCAACGUCUUCCACCACGUGAAGAAACUGCUGAACGAGGAGAGGCUGGUGGUGCGGUACGCGCCUGCGGAUCUCGUUCACUUCCUGAAGGAUGCCACAGAUUACACCGUCUUCGGAGAGGGGGCGGAUACGGAUGUGAGGGUGAUAGAGCGCAUCUUGACAGAGUUUCGCGUGGCGGCUGCGGGGGUCUCUUCCGGGGCUCCAUAA